AUGUUCUUCGCCAAGUCUCUUGUUGUCGUUGCUGCUCUUGCUGCCCAAGUCUUGUGCCAUUCCGUGGUCCAGCCGGUGAUGGGUAUCAACGGAAAGGCAGUUCGCUCCGACACCCAGCGUCCUUCCAACGCCAAGCCAUGCGGCAACACUGCGCUCUCAAAGAUCGACUCGUCUCAGGUGGUCACCAUGACUGGAACAAGCUUCACCGCCACCUCGAUCAAUUUUAAUGCCAAACAAGACGGGUCUAUGCAGUUUACGGCCUCGGUGGAUGCCACCGGUACUGGGAAAUCAUUCAAGGCUGCAACGAUUACCAAGAACGGCCCGAACGCGCCCCCCAAAGUCGGUCAAACUGCAGAGAUUGAUGUUUCGCUUCCUGAGGGUACGACUUGCAACGGCGGUGCCUCCAAGGAUCUUUGCCUCGUCUCGUUCAAGAGCUCUAGUGGGUUCGGAAACUGCGUGGUUGUUAAGCAAGCCGGUGCUGGUGGUGCUGCCAAGGGCGCGAAAGCGAACCCCAAGACCAAGGCCACUCGAUCUCGCCAUCCUCGCAACUUUGCCGCUCCCGCCAAUGCGAAGCGUGCGAUCUCCUGGGUCUGGGCUCCCGAGUUUAAUUAA